CGGAGCGACUCGGGCAAGGCAGGCAGGCAGCCAGGCAGCCAGGCCCGUCACUCGACUCGACUCAGCUCGACUCGUCUUGCCUGUUCGCACUAGCAUUAGCUAGCGUUACAUGUGCUGAGGUCGAGGGGGAAUUGAUCCCGUCUGCUGCUAAGAUGCCGACAAUUACUUUACCACCAAAAGAGAAUGCUCUCUUUAAACGGAUUUUGCGAUGUUACGAGCACAAGCAGUACAGAAAUGGACUCAAGUUCUGCAAACAAAUACUUUCCAACCCCAAGUUUGCAGAGCAUGGAGAAACCCUGGCGAUGAAGGGUCUCACUCUGAACUGUCUGGGGAAGAAGGAGGAGGCCUAUGACCUUGUCAGAAGAGGCCUGCGCAAUGACCUUAAGAGUCAUGUCUGCUGGCACGUAUACGGUUUACUGCAGCGCUCAGAUAAGAAGUAUGACGAGGCCAUCAAGUGUUACCGAAAUGCACUGAAGUGGGACAAGGACAACCUGCAGAUCCUACGAGACUUGUCUCUGCUGCAGAUCCAGAUGAGAGACCUGGAAGGCUACCGGGAGACAAGGUACCAGUUGUUGCAGCUGCGUCCCGCUCAGCGAGCUUCCUGGAUCGGCUAUGCCAUUGCCUAUCACCUCUUGGAAGACUAUGAAAUGGCAGCAAAGAUCAUUGAAGAGUUCAGGAAAACACAACAGACAUCUCCUGACAAGGUGGACUACGAGUACAGUGAGUUGCUGCUUUACCAGAACCAGGUGCUGAGAGAGGCAGGUCUUUACAAGGAGGCCCUGGAGCAUCUUUCCAACUAUGAAAAGCAAAUCUGUGACAAACUGGCAGUCGAGGAGACACGAGGAGAGUUGCUGUUGAAGUUGGAGCGCCUGAAUGAGGCAACGGAUGUCUACCAUCGCCUGCAAGAGAGGAACCCAGAAAACUGGUCCUAUUACCACGGCAUGGAGAAUGCCCUAAAGCCAAGUAGUGUGGAGGAACGAUUUAGGGUCUAUGAGGAUGCCUGGGAGAAGUUUCCUAAAGGACUGGUUCCUCGCCGACUGCCCCUCAACUUUCUUACUGGUGAGAAAUUCCGAGAUUGUCUGGACCGGUACCUGAGAAUGAACUUCAGUAAAGGAUGUCCGCCUGUCUUCACCACAUUAAAGUCUCUCUACAACGACAAAGAAAAGGUGUCAAUUAUAGAAGAGUUGGUGGUUGGGUUUGAGACCUCGUUAAAAAGCUCCAGACUGUUCAGCCAAAAUGAUGAGGGUAAAGAGGAGCCACCUACCACAUUGCUGUGGGUGCAGUACUUCCUGGCUCAGCAUUACGACAUGGUUGGGCAACAGACACUGGCUCUUGACUACAUCAAUGCAGCCAUUGAUAGUACGCCAACCCUCAUUGAACUCUUCCUUAUCAAAGCCAAGAUUUACAAGCAUGCCGGUAACAUCCGAGAGGCUGCUCAGUGGAUGGAUGAGGCCCAAGCUCUGGAUACUGCUGAUAGGUUCAUCAACUCUAAGUGUGCCAAGUACAUGCUGAAGGCCGGCAUGGUCAAAGAGGCGGAGGAAAUGUGCUCCAAGUUCACAAGGGAGGGGGCGUCAGCUGUUGAGAACCUGAAUGAGAUGCAGUGUAUGUGGUUCCAGACAGAGUGUGCACUUGCCUACAAAGCUAUGAACAAGUUUGGGGAUGCUCUCAAGAAGUGCCAUGAAAUUGAAAGGCAUUUUGUGGAGAUCACGGACGACCAGUUUGAUUUUCACACCUACUGCAUGAGGAAGAUGACGCUGCGCUCGUACGUGGACCUGCUGAAGUUAGAGGAUGUGCUCCGCAUGCAUCCCUUUUACUAUAAGGCUGCUGUCACAGCCAUCCAGAUAUACCUGAGCCUUCAUGACAAUCCUCUUACUGAUGACAGCAAGGAACUUCAGGCUGACACGGCUAACCUGUCGGACAAAGAGUUGAAGAAGAUCAGAAACAAGCAACGGAGAGCCCAGAAGAAGGCUCAGGUGGAGGAGGAAAAGAAGAUUGCGGAGAAGGAGAAGCAGUUGAAGAAUCAGAAAAAGAAAAAGGAGGAUGACGACGAAGAGAUUGGAGGCCCGAAAGAGGAGCUCAUUCCUGACAAAUUGGUCAAGGUAGAAAAUCCACUGGAAGAAGCAGUCAAGUUCCUGAUACCUCUCAAACACCUCGUCAAAGAUAAAAUAGACACACACCUAAUGGCAUUUGAAAUCUACUUCAGAAAAGAAAAGUACAUGUUGAUGCUCCAGUCAGUGAAGAGAGCGUUGGCCAUUGACCAGGACCACCCAUGGCUACACCAGUGUCUAGUGCGCUUCUUCAAAGGAGUCUCAGAGAGCAAAGACCUGCCUGAGAUGGUUCGAACGGUCCUGAAACAAGAAGUUUCCCGACUGUUUGGGGACAGCAAUGCUGAGAGUUUCAACCAGGCCUACCUCCACAAACACUCCAACUCCAUACCACACCGAUUUGCCGCCGCUAAGAUGAUGGUGUACAUGGACUCGUCGACUGUCUCAAAGGCAGUAGAGUUGACCACCGCACUCGAUGAGUCACUCGACAACAGAACUAUCCAGAUUUGUACAGAGAUUCUGGAGAAUCUUCGGAGCAGCGACCUGGGUGACUCAAAGGAGCGUGCUGAGACGUAUCGCGCCGAGUGUCACAAGCUUUACCCCUACACGCUAGCGUUCAUGCCGCCCGGAUACGAGAACGCCAAGAUCGUCAAUGGAGACGUUUCCACAGAAACAGAAGAGCUAGCCAACGAGAUGUGAGCAUGACCAGACACUAGGGGAUGCGGAACGGAAAGGGGCCUUGCACUGAGCCUUGUGGGUACGCCUGGCAGUCAUUUUGUAGAGCCAGACACACGGGAAGCGAAAUAAUGUUUCCUUCUUUGGCUCAGCUUAAUUGGGUCUGACCCGGCAUGGCUUGGCUCUUUCCCAUAUGCUGAAAAUCAGGACUGUGUGCGUGCGUGUGUGUGUGUCAAGGGUGUGAAUGAAUCUGAGCAUGUGUGCGGUUGUUUAUUUGUGAUAAAAGGGGAGGAAGAUAACAAAAUGGCCAUUUUACUUUUUUUAAAUCGCGCUACCAACCACACUGAAUUUUCAAAAAAAAGAAUUAUUGGCAAAUGUGAAACUGAGCUGACUGCGGUUUCUCUGAGAUGACAACCACUGGAGUUUGACUCUGUGCUGCUUCUACAAACGCAUUCUCUGUUUUACAUUUAAGUUGUCGGUGGGAUUUGGACUGGAUUUGAGUCAUCGGAUCAGCACAAAGAGUUCUGAAGGGGACUUGAAGUAGGCGUUAAGUAGAUUUGUAUCCGCUGUAACAAUCAUUUAAGCAGCAGUCGUUCUCACAAACCACCUUGCAGGAACCAUGACUGUCGCACACACACACACAUACACGGUUGAAAUAUUACCAGUACUGAGCGGCUCGUAGCACAGAAUGAAAACUUAAAGGUUGCGCUUCUCAAAUAGACUGCUCCAGUUCAACGUGUUGUUGGGAGAGAGCGAUGGAUCCAAGCAAUAUUGUAAGACACCUUCCUGUCCAUCUUGCAGCAGUUCUAGUUUUAACGCUCGGGGAUUGCUCAGACGUCAUUGGAGUGUUUUUGCAUCGACACAAGAAUUCUUGCAGCGGGGUCUUCCACUGAAAUCCUACUCUCGAGGUCAAUAUUUGUCAUCCAAACCUGUUUUUCUGGGGUAAAACUUUCAAACAUUAAAAGGCAAAGAUUCAACACCUGAAAUUUGAUCUUUUGUUUUUUUUUUAACCCUUUUUUCCUAGUUUUCCUUCUAAUUUGGCUGUGAUAGAAAAAAAAACCCUGAGCUUGCCAUGUAUAUCUGGAUUUUUGUAUUAAAACCAAACUAAAAAAACUGUUUUGUUUUUUUUGCUUUUAAAUUAAUUUGUAAUUUUCCUAGUUUGUUUCCGGUAAGAUCAUGUUCAAUGAAAACUGUAAAAUACAUCAGACUUUGGGAUAAAUUUACAUUUUCUAUAUACAAGUUUACCACAGUUGAAUUCUUAGAAACAGACCAUUUUCUCUAAUUUCUGUGUACAUAACUUACAAUAAAUAAUUUACUCUUUCCA